AUGUCCGACGAAGGACGCGAGCGUAUCUGGCACCCGAGGCCUACGACCACGGCCACUUCGUCGGAUGAAGCUAGCUCCAGCAAUGCGACGACAACGGAUAACGAGCCGUCAGGGUCAACCUCGACUUAUACGGUGAAUAUACACAAUCCUGCUGUCGCGUACGGAGGAUUAAACCCCGAAAUCGAAGAGCAUGUCCUUGUUGUCGAGUCCGUUCCCGAUCAUGAUUUGCGGUACGGUACCACGGAUCGCCGCAAGAUACUUGGUCCCGAUUUAGACGAGGACCUUGAUGUUCCUAUACAGCGACGUAGUACAAGCGUAGCAAGCCGAGACCUAAGCCUCGUCCUUUCGUCUUCGAGCGGCGAUUCCGAUAUAAGCCCUAUCCUCAAUCUCCCUACCGAAUUAAUUGAUGCGAUAUUUUCCUGGCUUGCUCCUCUAGAGCUAGCCACCGUCUCCCUCGUCUGCCAUGCGCUGCGAAACCAUGCAAACUCCGAUACCCAGUGGAGGCGACACGUACUAUCGAACCUUCCGGGAAAUCGUAUUACUUCCCCGUAUCCAUGUCAAAGCUGGCGCGAGCUCUACAUAUCACACGACCCGUAUUGGUUCUUGACGAAGCAUAAGCUAUGGUUCUGUGAUCAUGAGUUGACCGGCCAAAUAAUCAUCAUCCGUUAUGACGAGCGGCGAGGCUGUAUAGAAGGCUAUCAGAUGCUGGCUACGCGUAAUAGAGAUGGUAGCGAGCCAUGGGGUGCCGACCAGGCAGUCCACAUUCACUAUUUCGAACCUACUGUAAAGUUACACCUCGACAAGCCCGUAUUGCAGCUGGAUGUAGAUAGCUUGGAGAACAAAGUUCGUGGAAAGGCUCCAGCUUUACCUUUCCGACAUUUCUUCUCGGAGCAUCCAAUGCGUAUUAAUAGUGGGACGGAUCCUCGAUUGAGCAACUUCCUUCUGGCAAAACCUCUUACUAAGUCCGCCCUAGUUGGCCGCAUGAUAGAUGACUUUCCUUACGGGUAUGUCUGGCCCCCGCCCGCAAUUCCAACACGCCAUCGUGUGACAGGCCAACCGACCGGUGUGCAUCCGCUUGCGACAUCCCUAAGUUAUACGAGGUCGACGUCAGCAAUGUGGCAGCCGCGCAAUCGUUCAGAAGCGUCCGAUCAAACGUUCCGCAUUAGGCGAUGGAUGGAGAUGGGGCCACCAACUCUCGGUGUGCAUGCUGCCGAGGAGUUGGUAACUUACUCAACUCUUGACCCCGCCCUAUAUACUCCAACGGCUGAGAAACCGUGGAGAGGAAUAUGGGUUGGCGACUUUAGCGGGCACGGUUGCGAGUUUCUAUUAAUCAACCAGCCUGAUGACGAUAAUGAGCAGGAACCUUUGGAGAGGCUUCAGGAUGAGACAGAGUCGGAGUUUGAACAACGUUUUCUUCACGAGCGUGUUUAUCGCGGCCGGCUAGAAGCGGUCAAGCUAACAGGAGACGUUAAUGUACCGAGAGGCGAGUAUACUUUUGUUGCUAAUGAUCUAAGCGACACUGGAUUAUUAGGCACGGCUAAAGAGCCGCCGUUCGAGGGCGCCCGUGUCGUGAAAAGUCGAGGCCACAUUGCUCAUAUGGGAUUUUCCAAUGAUCGAUAUAUCGAGUCACAGCUACUCUUACUCUCAUAUAAUCGCCUGGCGCAGUAUUGGGUCGGCUUCGGCCACAUUAGCUUCUUCGAAAGAGUUGACAUUGAUCAAUUUCUCGUGCCCAAAUAUAUGGCAGAUAAGUAUGUUAUUCAAGUAACUGCUGGGUCAGGUUACGACUUGGAUCAACACGUCAUAGUACCAGUCAACACACACGAGCCGAUUAAAAUUACUAGCGAGCUAAUCGACAUCGACCUCAACGUUCGGGUACAAAACUAUCGAGGCCUGCCAAGGAAUUCGCCUACUACGUCCCCUUAUUUCUCUCAUGAACCACAUGCUUCCAGCAAGGAUCAGUACAGCAUAGCGAUUCGCUUUACACCCAAGAGGCCAAAAAGUGUUUCCAGCUCAAAAACUACUUCUACCAACUCGUCCAGGUCAUCGACUCCGGAAACUAGCGGGGAAGAUACUGGCGAAGAAUCGACAAAUGGCAUAUCCGGGGAAGAUCUCCAGUUUGGUAAUGACUUUGAACAUCCAAUCCGUGACCGUCUCCCACCCGGCUUUAGCUAUGCUAUGAACAUCGUAAAAUGGUGGAUCGAUCCCGGCCUUGAAGGCGAUGCGUAUGCAGAUCAGCCAUAUCUCUACGGACCAGCCCUCUCAUCAUUUAACUCCGUUCACAUUGGCACAGGAGAAGUUGAUCCCGAAAAGGGCGGGUUAUGGUUCGAGGAAGGUGGCGAUGAAAAUGGGUUGAAAGAGCGAGAGGCCAUCGGCGCUCCAGCAAUAGCAAAAGACCGCAUGAAGUGGGCUUUGAAGCCAGCUAACAAGAGCAAAUGGCUAUUCCAGUAUGAUAAAACGUACUGCCUCGACUUUUUCAAUCCGUAUCUGGACUUUAGCGAGUUCAGCCUGCGCUUACCGGGUUUCACUCUACCAAUUAUGAAGUAUUGGGAUGGCCAGAGCUUACGGUCCAAGCCGAAACGCUCACACACCCUUAGAUACACGCUACGAAACCGGUCUACUAACGACACAUACCUGGUUGUUGUAUUUACACUCUAUCGGAAGGAAGACGUCAACGAGGAUGGGUCGAUAAAGCCAGCUGCGUUAGAAGCCGCUAAGCAGGACAAGGAGGUCGGGAAAGUGGAAGCGGAAACUAGGGAUGUGAGCAAGGAUGAAGACUACCAAGAGGCGCGCAAGAAAUUCGAGAAGUUGGGUGUCAGUGACGAGGGUAGUGGUUCACAGACUGGGGAUGACGGAGUAGAUUAA